AUGUGUAUCGGAGUAUUCAUAUGGAAAGCACACCCGCUGCAUCCUUUGAUCCUGCUCCUAAACCGCGAUGAGUAUCAUCGGCGUCCCACCACCCCUCUUUCAUGGUGGGAUGAUGAUGAUGAUCUUGGAAACCAUGUCAUACUUGGUGGUAGAGAUGAAGUUGCUGGUGGCACCUGGCUCGCUUGUAACGUGUUCGGCAAGCUCGCUUUCCUCACCAAUGUCCGCGAGGUCACCUCUUCAUCUGAUCCUUCACGACGAAAGAAGAGCAGGGGUCAACUCCCUCUUCGUUUCCUCCAGAGUAAGAAAAGUGUGGAAGAAUUUGCGGAUGAGUUAGUGAGAGAAAAUAAUGUUGAGGAGUACAAUGGGAGUAAUCUGAUAAUUGCAGAUCUGGGUUCUCUGUCCAUGUUUUAUAUAACCAACCGGCCUAAGUCAGACGGCGUCACUGCUACUCGAGUUUCUCCUGGAAUUCAUGUUCUCUCCAAUGCAAAGCUAGAUACUCCAUGGCCAAAGGCACAGAGGUUGGAAAAGAGUUUCAAGAGUUUAAUGGAUAAGUAUGGGGAAAGAGAGAUUCCGCUGGAAGAGUUGUGUGAAGAACCAUUGAUGAAAGAUUCGACAAAAGACGAAGAUGAAAGCAAACUGCCUGGGAUCUGUGCACCCGAGUGGGAACACCAAUUGAGUUCCAUAUUUGUUGACACUGAAACGCCAAUGGGACGUUGUGGUACCAGAAGUAUUUCAACAUUGAUCACCAAAACAUGUGGAGAAAUGACAUUUUCAGAGAAUUAUAUUGACACGGACGGCUUGUGGAAGGAGAGGACCAUCAGUUUCAACAUUGGUGAAAAGAAACUUGAAACAAUUUAG